AUGAUUCACACAGGAGAGAAACCAUUUAAGUGCUCUGAAUGCAGCAAGUGUUUUAUCGAGAAGCAACAUCUUGUUACACAUCAGAGGAUUCACACUGGAGAGAAACCAUUUAAAUGCUUUGAAUGCAGCAAGUGUUUUACAGAGAAGCAACAACUUGUUAGACAUCUAAGGAUUCACACAGGUGAGAAACCAUUUAAAUGCUUUGAAUGCAGCAAGUGUUUUAUCGAGAAGCAAAAACUUGUUACACAUGAGAGGAUUCACACAGGAGAGAAACCAUUUAAAUGCUUUGAAUGCAGCAAGUGUUUUAGCGAGAAGCAAAAUCUUGUUACACAUCAGAGGAUUCACACAGGAGAGAAACCAUUUAAAUGCUCUGAAUGCAGCAAGUGUUUUACAGUGAAGCAACAACUUGUUAGACAUCUAAGGAUUCACACAGGAGAAAAACCAUUUAAGUGCUCUUAA